CUGCACGGGGACAACUGUGAUGUCCCCACUGUAGUAGAAGUUUCUAUACGGGCCGGGCUUGCCCUGGCGAGGAUUGGGCUUUCCCUGGCGAAGAAUGGGCCAGGGAGCCCGAACGAGAUGGGCACGGCGGUCAGGGACUGUAGGGACAGUUAUGAUGACGCAGUUUACAAUUUCGAGAGCGCAAUUGAAGCUUUCCCGAGAAGGGACACUGGCACUAUGAAAAGCAUGCUGAGUGCCGUUAUAACCAAUGUCGGGGAUUGUAAUGAUGAGCUGGCACAGCUUGGAGACGAGUCCCCGUUCACGAGUGUGGCUGAGAAGCUGACGAAUAUGACGAGUAACUGUCUGGCUAUUGUUUCGCUCUUGGAUUGA